GGGUUACAGAUUACUUGGGAGGCAGAAAUUAGGAAGGUCGUUCUGCAGACAGACUCAUCCACGACUCUGAAGCUCAUAGAGACAGCGACUCCACACCACUCACACUACACCUCUGUGACUGAGAUCAGACGUUGGCUAAGGCGAGAUUGGCAGGUUCAAAUUCACCAUGUUUUCAGAGAGGCGAACGUGGUUGCUGACCACCUAGCUAAUUCGGGUCAUGCGUUGCCGGUUGGUUUACAUCGAGUUAUAGCACCUGACAGUACCUUAGCGUAUUGGCUGUAUCAUGACUGUAUUGGUGUUCAAACACCCCGUUCCAUUCCAGUAUAA